AUGGUGGUGCUGCGAGUAAAAGAAAAUUUAAAGCAAAUUAUUUCUCCAAAUGUGUACAAGAAACGUAUAAUAAGAUUGCUCAUAAAUAUUGAUGGUUUGCCUGUUUUUAAUCAUUCAGGUGAACAGUUAUGGCCUAUAUUAAUAUGUGUAUUUGAUCUGGAAUAUGAAUCAUCUCCGUUCAUGGCUGCUGCAUUUUGUGGAAAAUCGAAGCCAAACUUAGUAGAUGAAUAUUUACAAGAUUUUAUCACCGAAAUAAAAGAACUUUUGAGAAAUAGUAUUGAUAUCGAAGAAGAUCAUUUUAUUGUCGAAAUCCUUGGUUUUGUUUGUGACACUCCUGCUCGUGCUUUUUUGAAAUGUACUAAAGGACAUGGCGGAUUUUAUGCAUGCGAACGUUGUGAAGUUAAAGGAGUCUCCAUUACGAACCGCACAGGACAUAAAAAAAGAAUAUAUGCAAACAUAAAUUGUAAACUGAGAACUAGGAAAUCUUUUAAGGAACAGCAUCAGAAAGAACAUCACAAUAGUAAAUCGCCUCUUUUAGAUAUCCCAAGAUUUGAUCCAGUAAAAGAUUUUUUUCUCGAUUCGAUGCAUUUACUGUAUAUCGGAAUAAUGAAAAUAUUGUUAGAAGAAUGGCUUUUUGGAAGGAAUCGCAAAACAAAAAUAAGUACGAAUCAAAGAGAAUAUUUAUGUAAAAUUCUUAGUAAUCUGACUAUUGUUCCCGACGACUUCCAGAGGAAGAAAUUUGACUUAAAUGAUUUGA